AACAAUAUAAAAGCCAGUCGUUUUCCUACUAUCGCCUUCAGAAUCACCUGAUCCUACAUACACAAGUCGCAAACGAUGCAUUUCUCCUCUGCAAUUAUCCUCGCCAUCAUUGCUGGCUUAGUAUCAUCAAGCUUUGCCAUCCCCACUAUUAAUAGUGAUGAAAGUGCCACCGACGAUCUCAGUUGUCCCGACCAUUGCAAGAAAGACUUAGAGUGCAAAUCUAGGUCGUGCACCGCAUGGCAGACCUUUGGGGGGUGGUGCACCGUGAGCUUUCACAUCGGUGGAGUAUGGCCAUUGACACUGACGCGCGAUUUACUAGUGAGUUGAUCGACGACAAUGCGUCAG